AUGGCUGUCGAUCUGAUCGGCUACACGAAGAUGGAGGACCAGAUCGCGAUCCAGGAGGCAGCAGCCGCCGGCAUCCGGAGCAUGGAGCACCUAAUCUUGCAGCUUUCCCACCACGGCCACCGCUCAGGUCCACCGCAACCGCAGCAGCAGCAGGAUCUCGACUGCAGGGAGAUCGCCGAUUUCACCGUCGGCAGGUUCAAGAAGGUUAUCUCUAUUCUGAAUCGUACUGGCCACGCUCGGUUCCGGCGGGGCCCCGCUGCCGAAGAGGCGGCUAUGGCGUCCGCCUCCCAGUCCUAUUCUCCUUCUCCGUCGAAAGUUAAGGCAGCGGUACCGACGCCUCCGCCGUCUCAGUCGCAAGCCCUGACUCUUGACUUCACGAAGCCGACACCGGGGAUGAAGACGACCGGCUUCCUGUGCGGUGAGACAUCGGUCUCCAGCCGCUUUAGCAAGGAUAGCUUUAGCAUCACUCCGUCCAUGUCUUCGGCGAACUCGUCCUUCAUAUCUUCCAUCACUGGCGACGGCAGCAUAUCCAACGGGAAGCAGGGAUCCUCACUGUUGCUUUCCCACGUCGUCGCGGCGUCUCCCUCCGCGGCCAUCUCUGCCGGUAAACCUCCUCUCUCGUCGUCGUCCAGAAAGUGCCACGUCCACGGUCAGCACUCUGAAGGAGCACCUGGCAAAUACUCCCUCUCCGGCGGUCGCUGCCAUUGCUCCAAGAGGAGGUAACCUUCCCUCACCACUCUCUAGCCUCCCCCCACAGAAACCACCGCCUUUGUGCUGCUAUCUUACAUUUCAAACCGAUCCAGGAAAUCCCGGGUGAGGAACACGAUCCGAGUCCCGGCGAUCAGCUCCAAGAUGGCUGACAUCCCUCCGGAUGAGUACUCCUGGAGGAAGUACGGCCAGAAGCCGAUAAAAGGCUCCCCCUAUCCAAGGUACUACCACCACCACCUCGCCGCCAUUCCUCAGGUUCCGCCGCCCUCCCUUCGCCGAAUCUCACCCUCCUUCGUCGUUUCAGAGGCUACUACAAGUGCAGCACCCUGCGGGGCUGCCCCGCGAGGAAGCACGUCGAGAGAGCGCUCGAUGAUCCUUCGAUGCUCAUCGUCACCUACGAAGGCGAGCACCGCCACCACGGCCACAGCCUCGUCGCCAGCGCCGGCGCCGCCGUCGCCUCCCCCGGAAAACUCGUGUCCGAGUCGUCGUAA